ACCGCCCUUAAUACCACCGAUGCAUACAGCCAAAGUGGGGGAGCUUGCAGAGGAAAGCUCGUGGCCACCUUCCUCGAAACUUCAUAAGAUUCUCUCCAUUUUCUCCCUUUCCCGCCGCUUCCCCUUUUUAACCCUUUUCUCCCCAUUCGUACUAUCCCUUUUCCCCCCUGUUCGUCACUGUUCGUGCGUACCCCUGUCUCCGUCUCUGUCCCUGUGGAGCGGGUUUCCAGGAAACAUCCGUGCGGUUGCCGAGAAGGCGUCUGAGGGGGAGUUGAAUUAAAUUCUGGGUCGCUUACUCUUUUGUCAGUUGCGCGACAGUUGAUAGCAGUAGGGAGAGAGAGGACUAGGAGGGCGUCUGUCUGUACAGUUGUUCGUUUGUUAGCUUUUGGUAGCAUUUCCCCCGGGGAACCAAGCGGAGACGCCGGAGAAGGGUGGUGAAGAUGCAGGCCAGCUUCAUGGAGCGGUCUAAUAGCGUUGGGAGAGGGAAGAGGGGCUUAGACUCGAGCUCGGCCGACGAGGGUCAGCCCGAUCGCAAGCGCCCUGCUCUCGCAAGUGUGAUCGUUGAGGCUCUCAAGGUGGAUAGUUUGCAGAAGCUGUGCUCAUCACUCGAGCCUGUCCUUCGUCGAGUGGUCAGUGAAGAAGUAGAGCGGGCUUUAGCAAAACUAGGCCCUUUCAAGCUUCCUGGAAGGUCGUCUCCUAAACGCAUAGAAGGACCUGAUGGAAGAAACUUGCAGCUGCAAUUCAGGACAAGGUUGUCUCUACCUCUCUUUACUGGAGGCAAAGUAGAAGGAGAGCGGGGUGCUGCAAUUCACAUAGUCUUGAUUGACGCAAACAUGGGUUGUGUUGUCACGUCAGGCCCAGAGUCCUCAGCGAGGCUAGAUGUUGUUGUUCUCGAAGGUGAUUUCAACAAUGAAGAUGAUGAUAACUGGACCCAAGAAGAAUUUGAUAGUCAUCUGGUCAAAGAACGUGAAGGGAAAAGGCCUCUUCUAACCGGAGAACUGCAGGUGACUCUGAAGGAUGGUGUAGGCACACUAGGAGAGCUAACGUUUACUGACAACUCAAGCUGGAUAAGAAGUAGGAAGUUUAGGCUAGGACUGAAGUUAGCAUCGGGCUGCUGCGAGGGUGUCAGAAUCCGUGAAGCUAAAACAGAUGCCUUCACUGUUAAGGAUCACAGGGGAGAAUUAUACAAGAAACAUUACCCACCUGCACUAACUGACGAGGUGUGGAGAUUAGAGAAGAUUGGCAAAGAUGGAUCGUUUCACAAGAGGCUAAAUAAAUCUGGUAUAUCUACAGUCGAAGACUUCCUUCGGCUUGUGGUCAGAGAUCAACAGAGACUGAGGAAUAUUCUCGGCAGUGGCAUGUCAAAUAAGAUGUGGGAUGUUCUAGUGGAGCAUGCAAAGACUUGUGUCUUAAGUGGGAAACUUUAUGUCUAUUACCCCGAAGAUGCAAGGAAUGUGGGAGUCGUGUUCAAUAACAUUUAUGAAUUUACAGGCCUGAUAGCAGAUGGGCAGUAUCUUUCUGCAGAUUCUCUUUCAGAGAGCCAGAAGGGCUAUGUGGACACAUUGGUGAGGAAGGCAUAUGACAAUUGGAUGCAUGUUAUUGAGUACGAUGGCAAAUCUCUGCUAAAUCAAAACCAGGACAAGAGCACUGAUGCCUCUCUGACAGAAUUUCCAUGUGGUCCACAUGAUUACUCUAACCCAAUCGAAAAUCAGCUUCCAAUGCAGAAUCUGCAGACUCAAGUAGCAACUGAGCAGCCUUAUACGGAUUCAGGCCAGGGUGGUGGAGGAUACAAUGAUGGCAUGAAUACCAGAUUCCCCAUGCAACCACAGGGUGUAAACCUCAACACUUCCCUUCAGUUUGAUGCCAAUUCAUUCCCUCUGCACAACCCGUUGCUCAGUUCCAUGCACCAACCCCAGCUUAUGAGGAAUGAAAAUGUGAUGGGCGUUGGCCAAUCACAGCAGCCUGCGACGAACUUCCAUGAUCCUGGCCCUUCGAAUCUGCGGUCUUUUAGGGUGGGUGAGGAUCUCUUUCCUGAGGAGGAAAUCCGUACGAGGAGUCAUGAGAUGCUUGAGAAUGAGGAUAUGCAGCAUCUGCUCCGUGUCUUCAGCCUAGGAGGGCAUGGGAGUAACUCGUUCAAUGUUUCGGAGGAUAAUUACGGGUUCUCGUCACCCUUUACCCCUGACCCAUCAUCAAGUUUUGGGUUUAAUGAGGACAGGUCCAGAUCUUCUGGUAAAGCCGUCAUUGGGUGGCUUAAGCUCAAGGCUGCCCUCCGGUGGGGAAUUUUUGUUAGGAAGAAGGCUGCUGAGAGACGAGCACAGCUCGUGGAAUUGGAUGAUAUAUGAGUGCAGAAGAGAGAGCCACUCUGAUUUAUUCUUGAUUGGGGGUCGAUUAUGUCCCCCUUCUGAGCCACACUUUGCUCGUGAGGUGAGAUCUUCCAGCUGGAAUCUCGUUUUUUCUUGCUUUUGUGCUACUGAAUACUCGUAAAGUCUCUAGCCUACGCCUAUCAGAUUGGGUUGGGUGAAUCUCAGCAAUCAGACAUCACGGGGUAUGCCCUGAAUCCCGUUGGUAUUGUCCAAAUAGACUGGUUCAAGGGAAGAACUACUCAGCCUCAAAAUAAAGUCAACAGACGGCCUCAAAUGUUGAAUCAAUUCAGAUCGAGUUAUUGGGUUCAUUCAUUGCUAAGUGGAUGAAAGGGGGAACCCUGGUAAUAAUGCUUGAUUACCUUGGGGUAAGUCAGUUUCGCUCCUAAGUUCGAAGGUUGAAGAGACCUUGCAGGUCUUGUAAGCCAAUUAAGCGGACACAGGACUCUGACAGGAUGAGCGGAAGACGUAGGUAAAUUAGAUCUGCUAUGGUCAUAAUUUCCAUUCGUUUGUUCCUUUUUUUAUUAAUGUUGGGACGGUGUUCUGUUUUAGGUCUCUGAAGUGACAAUAUUUACCUCGUGUUACUUUACGAAUCAAUUGAUCGUGUACCAUAUAUCUGAAAUGCAAGUUUGUUUAAUAUGACAAAGAAGAUUACAUGAGAUCGCAAUGUCUGCCCGAGCUCA